AUUUGAGAGUCCAACGAGGCGGGGAGUGUUUUGUCCUUCAUUGUGGAAUAUUUUAUGACAUACGACCUGGAAAAAUGCCAUUCUGUUUGAAAUGGAGUAGUAGUGGGACAUAACGUGUUAGUCACUGGAAGUUUUUGAAGUUGUUUUUUACGAUGGCUGAUAGAAAACAACAAACGAUUCCUUUUGAAGGCGUAUUAUCCUCAAACAGUAACGUCUUGGAUAGUGCCAAAUCCACAAAUUUUGAAAGCGGGCGAAAAAUCAACCAAGUCAAGGUCCAUGGCCUGCGAGAGAAGAUUCAGGCCAGACGGAAGUCUCUCAAUGACUCCCUGGAAGGAGAGGUCAGGGCCUUCCUGAUCAACGAAGACGAGCUCCACACCUACGAUGACCUCACUAAAGUGAAUCCAGUUACGCCAACCACAGUCCUUAACUGCCUGCAGGCCAGGUACAGGGCGAGGGUGUUCUACACUCAUGCGGGCUGCACCCUGGUGGCUCUCAACCCCUUCCAUCCUGUGCCUCAGCUCUACUCUCUGGAUGUGAUGAAAGAGUACCACACGGCUCCAAAGCCUCAGGAAUUCAAGCCUCACAUCUUCAUAGUGGCCGAGGCAGCUUACAGGAAUGUGCAGGGCCAAGUAGAGCCGACAAAUCAGUCCCUCGUGGUCAGUGGAGAGAGUGGAGCAGGGAAGACAUGGACGUCCAGGUGCCUGAUGAAGUACUACGCCACAGUGGCAGCGUCUUCUCACACGUGCCAGGACACAGUGGAGAGGAUCGAGAAAAGAGUCCUGGACUCCAACCCCAUCAUGGAGGCCUUUGGAAACGCCUGCACUUUACGGAAUAGCAACAGCAGUCGAUUUGGAAAAUACAUUCAGCUCCAGCUAAACAGGUCUCAGUUGCUGGUUGGGGCAUCAGUCCAGACUUAUCUACUGGAAAAGACCAGGGUUGCCUUUCAAGCUGCUAACGAGAGGAAUUUCCACAUAUUUUAUCAGAUGAUGAAAUGGGCCACGCAGCAGCAGAGACAGGAGUGGAAGAUGCCACCUGACCAGAAAUUCAACUGGUUGCCAAACGCUGACAGAGUCUUGGAGGAGGAUUGCUUGGAGGAGACUCUGGAGGCAAUGGAUCAUCUUGGCAUUAACGCUGAGAAGCAGGCACAGAUAUUCAGGAUCCUAGCUGGCAUCCUCCAUCUUGGGAAUGUGGCCUUCAAUCCACCAAUAGAUGAAUCUCAGCCCUGUGACCUUGGGGAAGAGUCAAAAGUGUUCUUGCGGACGACUGCGGAGUUGCUGGGCAUCUCCAUGGAGGAGCUGCAGUCCUGUCUGCGGGUGCGUGCGCUGAAAGCGGGCAGACAGAGCACCCUGCUCAAGCCCUGCUCGCGGGCCGAAUGCAGCGUGCGGAGGGACUGCCUGGCCAAGGUCAUCUACGCACAACUGUUUGACUGGAUGGUUUCCUUCAUCAACAAGAGUAUGUGUGCUGACAACUCCAGUUGGUGCAACUUCAUAGGACUGCUGGAUGUCUAUGGUUUUGAGUGCUUCCAGAAGAACAACCUAGAGCAGCUGUGUAUCAACUACGCUAAUGAAAAACUCCAGCAGCACUUUGUAGGCCACUACCUCAAAGCACAGCAGGAGGAGUAUGUGGCCGAGGGGCUGGAGUGGUCAUUUGUCCAGUACCAGGACAACCAGCGCUGUUUGGACCUCAUAGAGGGCAGUCCCACCAGCAUCUUCUCUCUGCUCAACGAGGUCUGCCGACUGAACCGAGCCUCUGACGCCAAGCAGUUCAUGGGUCGCCUGGAGAAAGAGCUGUCCAGUAAUGACCAAGUGAGCUGGGACAAGUUCAGUCCGCAGCCACACUUCAUUGUGUCCCACUACGCUGGCAAGGUCGGCUAUCAGAUCGAAGGCAUGAUGGAGAAGAACAAGGACCCAGUCCCCCCUGAGCUGAUCCGACUCCUGCAGCAGUCGGAGGACCCAUUGAUGCACAGUCUGUUUGCUGACACUGAUGCUGAGGGGGAGACGACCCGAGGACACAACAAAGUGGUCACUGUUGUGUCCAAGUUUAAGAACUCUCUGGAGAGCCUGAUGAAGAUCCUGCACAGCACCACGCCCCACUACACACGCUGCAUCAAACCCAACCCAGACUGCAGGCCUCUCACUUUCAAGAAGGAGGAGGUGAUUACUCAGCUGGAGGCGUGUGGUAUUGUGGAGACCAUCAACAUAAGUGCAGCAGGAUUUCCUAUAAGGAUUCCUUACGCAAGCUUCCUGCAACGUUAUGGACUGAUUACGCACACCAGAACACCUGCUCCGCUGGCCAAUCAGAACGGAUUUGAGUCUGGAGACAAGGACAGCCUUGGUUCAGCUGUGAUGGAUGUUCUCAGAGUGGUUUUAAGAAGGCACAGCCCUGAUCCUCAGCUCCUCUCCGACACCGCCUCCCACAGCUCCCUGGUGCAUUGUGGGAGGACCAAAGUCUUCCUGACUCAUGCCAUGCUGGAGCAUCUGGAAGAACAUCGGGCCAAAGUACGAUCUCAGAAGGCCUUCUGCAUCCAGUGCUACUGGCGGAAAUACCAAAGAAGAAGACGCGAAGCCAAGAGACGGGCUGCUACCCUCAUCCAAGCAGUGGUGAGAUCCUGGCUGAUUCGACAGCAAAUAAAGGAAUGGACCAAAGCUGCUUGCAUCAUCCAGCGGAGAUGGAAAGAGUGGAGGAUGCUAAUGGACGCCCUAGCAGAGGCAGAGCUGGAUGACGCCGAGGACAUGCACGAGGAGACUCUGGCCUCAGUGCCCGUGCUGGACCCGCUGGUGAGGGAGAGGGGCUCGGUGCAGCUCACCAGCCUCCAGGAGCCCGUGGUGGUGCGGAGCUGGCCCAUGGGCCUGGCACUGGCCUCCGCGCCCAACAUCACCGUGGCUCUGACCGCCACGGGCUUCCAGAAGGUCGUGUCCAUGAUGGCGUCGCUGAAGAUGCCCUUCCGCAGUGGCGAGUACAGGGUGGAGACCAACCAGUUCGACCAGGGCGUCGCCUCCAUACGGGCUCAGCCACGGGGUUCUGUCAAGCUGCACCUUCAGAGAUCACCACUCCGUUACGCGAACAUGCAUCCCGAACAAAAGGGUGAUGGAAUCACAGGUCUCAACCAGAUCCUUCUAGAAAAACGCUGACAGUUGGGAUUUUAAUCUGUCACAGUCAACACUAGUAUGUAUAAAAAGAAUCAUUGCACCUUCAAAACAUUGUGUACAAAUUAACCAACCAUGGAAAAUGUUCCUGUGGCUGCCUUAUUUAAAUAUUAUUUAAGAAUGAGUGUUCCACUUCUGACUUUGUGGCUGAUAAUGUUUAAGUGCCUUAAGUUCAUGACUAGGUGAUUAUUUACUGAAUGUUUUUUUUUUUUUUUUUUUUUAAAUAUACCUUUAAUAAGAAAAGUACUUUUAUGAGGAAUUAUCUUAGAGUGGAAGUAUAGUAACCUGUCAGUCACAUUAGUAAGGAUUCCAAAGAUUCUAAAUGUUUAAUAUAGAUCCUCAUCAGGGAAGCUGAAAUCAUCUGGCUUUAUGCAUUUGUGUUAAUACUUGAAAAGUAUUGCUGAUUGCUGAUUGUGCUCGCUUGUUAUUUCUACAAUGUUCUACAGGCCAGUUAUGACCCUGUUGUCUAAUUGUAUACAGUGCUUCCACAGUCUACCCUAAAAGCUGCUAAAAACCUCAAACACUGCUUGGGUUUGGUCAGAGACUCAUGAUGAAGGGAUACGUUUUUUAAAUCCGAUAUAUCAGAGGGAUUGUGUUUGUACAGCAUUUGUGACAGAAUGUAAAAAGGGCUUACUUAUUCCUCAUUCCUCAAUGUCAUUCUUUACCAAAAACACCUGGAGAGUGCAGGUGGUUAUCCAAAUAAGAGGACCAAAAUUUGCUCAGGAUGUGUUGUGCCAUAGUGAAUUUGAUACUGAUGUACAUGUAUGACUGAUGAUAUGACGCCAUACCAUCUCCAAUUUCUGUAAUGUUUUGUGUAGGGCAUUUUGCUUUUUAAGACAACAGAACAGUAGCCAACUGAACUGUUGUUGAUUUCUGUAAAUCUCUAUAGAGAUUAUAAUCUGGAGAAAUUAAUCAAUUAGGGUAGACUGUUUUAGGUGAUAAAUACGUCUAACUGAAGAUAUGGCAAUAAAAAGUAUUCAACA